AGGUGGUAGUAUUAAUUCUAAUACUGACUUGUGACUACUCAAAACAGAAGAAAGGUGAUAAAGAAAACGACGAAGAGGGGAUUGAGGAAGUGUUUAUUUACUCGGUUCUCAUUUUCAAGAGUUAGCCUUGGAGACUCAGGACCACUGUGCGUUUACCAUGAACCUGGAACGACUUCCCAACGAAGAGAAACUCACCCUUUGUAGAAAAUACUACUUGGGUGGUUUUGCUCUUCUUCCUUUCCUGUGGCUUGUAAACGUUGUUUGGUUUUUUAAGGAAGCUUUUCUGAAGCCGCCCUUCACUGAACAGACCCAAAUUAAAACAUAUGUGAAGCGAUCAGCACUGGGUUUGUUGUUUUGGGUCACAGUACUGACGACAUGGAUUACAAUUUACCAACACUUCAGAGCACAGUGGGGGGAAGUGGGAGAUUACCUUUCGUUCACAAUUCCACUGGGCACGCCUUGAGACAUUUGACCUCUGACCAUCCUGGACCAAAGAGUUUUCUCUUUAAUAAAGCAAAACAGAUAAAGAAUUGGUCUUUGUAACAUUUAUAACCUAUACAUUGUUGAUACUGUAGAAUUCAUACAUUUCUGUAUGUUUUUAGUUUAGAGCCUUUUUUUCCUUUUUAGUAUGAGCUAACAGUGUGUUGUCAGUGGAUGUGCAUUCAGAUUUGUUUAGUUGAGAAAACUGAUUUGAUUUCACUGCUUUUUUGUUUCUUUUUCUAAAAUAUUGCUAAAAUGACCUUGUGCACUCAAGGUGAUUUUUACUUUCUGACCAAUAAAUACCCUUAAUCUAUAA